GGGAGGGAAGUUUUGUGGGGCUUUCCAAAAAUUAAAAAGAGAAAGAAAAGAAAAAGAAAAAAGGAGUUUUGAAUUCUUUCUAAACAAAUGUGUUAAUUGUUCACUAAUUCGUUUGUAAGAAGAGUUAUGUCUUCUCUCUCCUGAAAAGAAACACAAAGCGUAGAGAUGAGUUGUUUUCUGCGGAUUGUGAUGUCAACAGCAGAGAAUGCUUCAUCGAUGCUACGGGAGGGACUAAAGGCAAAGUGAGGGAAGAACCAAACACACCGAAGUCAAACAGGAAAUCCUCGCAGCAGGGCGGUGAGGGCGAGCAGCCCUGAACAGAGUCUGAAGAUGGCGGCCAGCUGCAGCGGGUGGCCGGUGUGGUUUGUGGUCCUGGUACUGUCAACCAGCGUCUCAUUAUCGUUGUCCCCCCCUGAGCGGAGCGCGCGCGCGUGGCCAGCGCGUCCACGGAGACAGGCGUGCGUGGAUGGCACCUACGAGCACGAGGGCAGGAGCUGCUGUAUGUGCGCAGCCGGUGAGCGGCUGGAGGAGCACUGCACUGCCACUCCGGGUGACAGGAAGUGUAAGCCCUGUGAGGCAGACACCUUCAACGCUCAUCCUAACAACCAGGAAACCUGUCAGCCCUGCGCCUCCUGCUCACACCCCAACGGUAUGUACGGAUACAAAAAAUCCAAAGUGCGCCAUGACGCCAAACAGAGCAAUAAAAUAGCCAAUUUAGAAGUUGCCGAGCCCUGCACCCGAGCCAGGAACACCCUGUGUCGAUGUAAGGAAGGUCACUACUGCGUGAGUGACUCAGCAGUCUGUCUAGUCUGCCACCGGUGUACAACGUGUGGUUCUGAAGGCGUUAAACAGGCCUGCACCGCCACCAACAACACAGUCUGCAACCAGGAAAGCCAAGAACAUUCAGAAGCCGGCAAGAUCGCAGGCAUCAUUGUGGGAGUUCUCUUUGUUGUGGCGCUCUCCGUUGCUGCUGUAUAUUGUGUUAGAAAGAAAAGACAGAGAGAUGCAAAGCCCAAUGGGAGGGUUGUGAGCAACACGGGGUCUGAUGUGGAGAUGCAACCUCUUACCGUUCCAGACAUGGAUCUUGAACCUUACCUGCCCGAGAUUGCAGUCAAACUUGGAUGGAAAGUUACAAGGGACAUAGCUAUGCGUAGUGAGAUACCAGGCCCAGUUAUUGAGAGUUGCCAACUGAAUUGGCCAAAUAACAGUGAAGAGCAGACUCUGGAACUGCUGAAAAAGUGGGUGGAGAAGCAGGGCAGGGGUGCCUCUCGGAAGUUGAUCCAGAUGCUUGAAGAAAGUGACAAAAGGGCCACUGCUGAGAAGGUUUUAGAAGUAAUAUCAGGCAGAAAUGGUAGUCCCGCAUAAAUGUGUCUGUUUCACCAAUUCAUCAACAUAUGCAAUAUUUGCAAUGUUUUAUUCUCAUGAAAUAUGUAUGAUUUACAAGUUGAUGUUUACAUGGUGAGAUUGUAACCAUUUUUAUGGGUCUUUUAUGUGUUUUUCUAUCCUUUUACUUGAAUAACCUUGAUGUUUUUGCCAUGAAUCUUUUGUGUCCGUUUUGUCAUCAUCAUGCUACAAACUGAAAAGAGUGUCUCAUUCAUGAACUAGGGAAUGUACUUUGAGUUCUUGUGUGCUUUGCAGUAAACCUAAAUAAAGUUAGAAUUUGCUUAUAAUUUACACAUUUCAAAGCAUUCUCUGUAUGGGUGGUGGCUUGACUGUAACCAUAUUGUGGAAAAGAGCCUGUUAAAG